UAUAUAUUACCAUCCCAAGCGUUCUGAGCACAAUCCAAGGUUAGCAAGCAUGGGAGUUUCAAGGCCAGCAAUGCUUUCAUUGCUUGCAAUCUUUCUACUCCCAUUCUCAUGGCAAGCAUUUGGAUCACCUUCUUCUUCUUCUUCUUCUUAUGCGCCCUUUAUUGACUGCCUUUUGAGCCACUCUCAGCCCUCUAACCCAAUCUCUCCAGCAAUUUAUACUCCCAACAAUUCCUCCUACUCCUCUGUUUUGCAAUCUUACAUUCGAAACCUUCGAUUCAACACUUCCACAACCCACAAGCCUUUUCUCAUUCUCACUGCUCUGCAUGAAUCCCAUAUCCAAGCAGCCGUGGUUUGUGCUCAAAAUCAUAGCCUGCAGAUGAAAAUUCGAAGCGGCGGCCAUGAUUACGAGGGGGUGUCGUACGUUUCCCAAGUCGACUUCUUUGUUCUUGACAUGUUCAAUCUCCGUAACAUUAGCAUUGAUGUGGGAAAUGAGACCGCUUGGGUGCAGGCCGGAGCAACUCUCGGAGAAGUUUACUACAGAAUUGCCGAGAAAAGUAAAAUACAUGGCUUUCCGGCAGGUGUUUGUCCGACUGUCGGUGUCGGAGGGCAUUUCGGCGGCGGCGGUUACGGCAAUAUGAUGAGAAAGUACGGCCUCACAGUGGAUAAUAUUGUUGAUGCGCAGCUAGUUGACGUUAACGGCAGACUUCUUGACAGAAAAUCCAUGGGAGAAGAUUUGUUUUGGGCUAUUCGAGGCGGCGGAGCAGCGAGCUUCGGCGUCGUCGUUUCCUAUAAAAUAAACCUCGUUCGCAUACCGGAAACGGUAACUGUUUUCCGGGUAGAGAAGAGAUUGGAAGAGAAUGCCACCGACAUCGUGCUUAGGUGGAUGAAUGUUGCAGAUAAGCUGGAUAACAACCUUUUCAUCAGGCUUAUCCUGGACGUGGUAAAUGGAACUGACGGGAAUAACACCGGCAGGGCUUCAUUCCUCGGCAUGUUCCUCGGAGACUCCGAAACACUUGUCUCCGUCAUGAGCAAGAGCUUCCCAGAAUUGGGUUUGAAGAAAUCGGGUUGCAACGAAACGACGUGGCUCCAAUCCGUGCUUUUCUGGACCAAUUUGCCCCUCGGCACCGCAGACGACGUUUUGCUCAGUCGAAUACCUCAAACGUUAACUUACUUGAAGAGGAAAUCGGAUUAUUUGAAGAACCCAAUUUCAAAGCUAGGGUUGGAGAUUAUUUGGAAGAGAUUGAUUGAGCUGAAGGCGGUGGCACUCACAUUCAAUCCCUACGGCGGAAGAAUGGGUGAGAUUCCGGCGGAGGCAACUCCGUUCCCGCAUCGGGCGGGGAAUCUAGCCAAGAUUCAGUACGCAGCAAACUGGAAUGAGGCCGGGAACGAGGUGACGGAUUACUACAUAAACUUGACGAGAACGCUUUACAAAUACAUGACUCCAUUUGUGUCCAAGAAUCCAAGAGAAGCAUUUUUCAACUACAAAGAUCUUGACUUGGGCAUCACCCAUAACGGCAAUAAAAGCUACUGGGAAGGAAGGAUUUAUGGAGUCAAAUAUUUCAAGGGCAAUUUUUUGAGGUUGGUGAAUAUUAAGACGAAGGUUGAUCCUGGAAACUUCUUCAGGAAUGAACAAAGCAUCCCUCCUCUUCCAUGAACAAAUUAAGCUUAAUUGUUAUCUAGAAAUUGUGGUUUAUUAGUUAGUUGAUUAUUGCAAAAUAAAUGAAGUGUUUGUUGGAAAAACAAAGCAUUGGUAUGUAAAUGCAUUCAAAGUUUUCGUCAAACUAUUCCAUGGGCUUGCAGUUCUUCCCAUUUCUGGAAUGACGGACAAACCCA